CAGCCAGUGCACGCGGCGCGGUCGAUCGUCGCGGAUGGGGAGGUUGUGUCUACGAUAUUCUUUCCUUCGCCGCUGCGUCACAACCUCGUACUCAGCUGGGACCUUCGGCUGGGCCUUCGUGACUGGAAAGAGUGAUCGGAGGUCGAGCAGCACCUUGGCUUCCCGGCGGCAUCGCUGAGGUCCGUGUGCGAAGAUGGUAGACAAUUCAUCCUACACUAUGGUGACGCGACGCCCUCCGCUGCCGUCGAGAAGCGCCAUCAGCCCGGCAGACCACCACAACAACAACUUCCUGGCGGAGGUGACCACCAACACCACCAACACGACCCCCGUCACCAGCCUGCCUUCCCUGACCCACCCGCACCUGACGCGGAACGACGCCGGCCACAGGAUCAGCCUGGGCCCGCUCCUCCCGCGGCCCUCGCCCGCCACCGCCUCCUCCCGGAGCUUCCAGGACAACUCGGGCGCCUCCAGUCCUCGCGCCGUCAAUGGCAACCUGAGUGGCAACCUCGGCCAGCAGCAGAUGGGGGGCAGCGCGAUGCCUCCCGGGAGCCGCGAGUGGGAGGAGGAGUUCGGGCGCGGCGCCGCCGGAUCGACCCUCGCCAAGUCGGCCACGCAGCCCAGCCUCUGCCCCGCCGGCCGCCCGACGCCCUCGCCGGCCUCGCCCACGUGCCAGAGCGAGGACGGGUUCAGCUGGGUCGGCGGGUCGGCCGGCGGAGGCAACGCGGGCCUGUGCGUCUCCGGCUGCGACAGCGCGGACGACCUGCACGGGGAGGCGAGCGAGUACACGGAUGCCAAGUCGUCGCUGUCGGCUCCGGUCGAACUGCUGUCCGAGUUCCUCUCGGCUGUUAUGUCAAAGGAUUACGAAAAUGCCUUAAAACUAUGCCAGUCCAUUCUGAAAUACGAGCCUCAGAAUGCCACCGCUCGCGAGUUCUUCCCGCUCAUCAGUCUAAAAAUUAAGCAAAUGUCGGAUGCAGCAAAUCUGGAAUGUCAUAGUUCAACUGACGAAGGUCAUGAAAGUGAUGAAGACACCAUGGACUCGUACUCCAGCCUGGAGGACGAGAUCGACGACGAGCAGGACCUCGCCUCGCCCGACCCGAUCCUGAGCCAGCAGAAGCCGCUCCUCCUCCAAGGCAACGCCGCUCUCCCGACGCCCCGAGGCCGGACCACGGAGGACACCAUCAUCAGAAUGUCCCCGCUCGUGCAGUCGAGUCCGGAAUCGGCCAUGUCAGGGUCCAACAGCCUGGACUUCAGCUACGGGAUCGACUCCGCGGACUCGCUCUUCUCCUCCACCGAGUCGGACCUCACCCUCGAGUCCGUGGUUAACGCUACUCGGAGUAUUAACUUAGGGGAUUCGUAAUUUUUUUUUUUUUUUUUUUUUUUUUGCAUGAUGGGAUGUAUUAGCAUGUACACAUUACAUACCGGAUGAGCAGUCCUUGGUACUGGUUACGUAUGAAAUCCGUCGUUUAUAUUUAUAACGGUACUGUAUUAUUGAAUGUGCAAGAUAUAUUUCAUUAAAAAAAAAGUUAAUUUGUGGAUUUCAAAAGUUAAAGUGAACUGAACGUUAGAUUGUGAUACAAAAUCAGUAUUAUGCUGUUCUGGAAGGCAAAUCGUAUGUUAGAUAAGGAACGGAGUGACUUUUGGCGAAUUGGUACAUGAUCAGAUAUUUUUUUACAAGAACAAUAGUUUAGUCUCAUUAGUUAUUGAUUUGAUUUUCGUAAUUAUGUUAUGGUAUGUGAUUUGAUAAUGUAAAUUCUUAUUCAAGGGUGAAAAAAUAUGAAGAGUGAAAUACUGGCGAGCGAACCGGGAAUAUUACAGUAUGCAAAUUUACAUAGCUUGAUUGCGUGAUUGCUGUUAAUUUGGCCGUGUCGUUAAAGAAAAAUACAAAGGGAGACCGUGAAGCUAGCAGAGCUUUAUACCUUAAAUCUCUUCCGUUCUGUCAGUUGCGACAUUCCUGACAAUGUCCAUGCAAUACAAAACUUUUUUUUUUCCAAGAAACUUUUUAUUUUGAUUAUGCUUUAGUUCACUCUCUCUUAGCGGAAAAAAAAUCGAUACAUGCUUGUAACUCAAUAAGCUACGCUGAUUAUCAUGAAAUGAGAUAGAAACAUUAGCGUGAUUCUAAUGCUCUUUAGUCAGCAUAAAAGACACUGAUUACGCAAACAUUUCCACAAUUCCGAGUUCAAAACAAACAGGCGUCAAUCAGUGUAAGUCGCAUGAACAAUUAUUUAAUGCAUUUGACAGGUCCAGAUGCACGCUUAUACAGUUCAACCGUGUUCACGUACUUAGCCUAUGAACAGAUUACUUACUAGACAUUUUCUUCAACAGAGCCACGUUUGCUUAUCAACUUCGUACGUUUUACUCUUACUGUGUGUGGAAACCUAACCCCUGAGUCUCGCUCCGUAAAUAAUCUGUCCCUUCGGAAAGUAAUCCGCUAUGUGUCACUCACUGUAUUCCUCUUGACAGAAACCUACAUAGUGUAAUGUUUCAAAGUACUAUCUGAUGUUAAAUGUGUGUGAAUUUGUCACUCUUGCUCUUUCAAAAAUAAACACAAAGGAAUUCCGACUCGUGUCAUAGGAGGUGAAAACUGAGUAAUAAUUGUGCCAAUAGUUUAAUAAAGCAUUCAGUGAUUAUACACACGUACAAAUACCGUUAAUCUUUCCUCAUUACCUUCUGCCUUAAUAGUGUAUUCAUACAUAUAUUCCAAGUGUGAUAACUUCUCCCUUUAGUUCCACUGUUUACAUAUUCUAACAGCAAGCGUUGUAUGGUAGAAUCUAGUUCCUCUACACAUCUAAGCUGUAUAGAUGCAAGCCUGCUGCCAGCCCCUUACUUUAUACCUGAAGUGGAAUUAAAUCUUGCCUGUCACUAUGCAGCUGUCUAGUUAUUUGUAUCGACUAGAAAGGAACUGUUUAGAUUUGUGUACAAUUCGAACGCUGGAUGUUUAAGGUGAUAUUUAUACAAAAAGUAAGAUUACCAGUAUCUUAACUUCUUUUUAUAUAGUUUUAGUAUACAUAUCAUAAAGCCAGAUCUACAUUAACGAAAUUUUGAUGGUUUAUAUUCUCUAUACAUUCUUAUUAAAUGAUAACUAAACAA